GUUUUGGGUUUAAUUCUGCAGUUAAUUUUGGUUCAUUUCUGUCGUUAAGUUAAGUAUUUUGGGUUCAAUUAUGCAGUUUAUUUGAUUAUUUUGGGUUUGAUUAAUUUGAGUAUUUUGGGUUCAAUUUUGCAGUUAAUUUGGGUUUAAUUCUGCAGUUAAUUUUGAGUAUUUUGGAUUCAAUCUGAUUGAAUUGCAUUUUCCUGUCAUUUAACGGUUGUUUGUUUACCUCUUAAUUAAGAGGCUCUUACUGGUUGGUUCAGACUGUUUGUUUCGCAAGCAAAUGUCUGAAUGGUUCAGACAUUUGCCUCUGAAUGGUUAAGAAUUAUACAGAGUCUGAAUGUUAAGACCUCUGAUCUGAAUUGGUCAGAGAUUUGCCUCUGAACGGUUAAGCAUAUUAUACUGACUCUUAAUGGUUCAGACCUCUUACUGGUUCAGCAAUUAGUGAUUCAGACCUCUUACUGGUUCAGCACUUAUCCAUUCGGAAGUUGCCAAACAGCCUAUACCAAAUUGUAGGGCAGUGUAUUUAACCAAGUUAAUUUGAGUAUUUUGGGUUCAGUUCUAUGCUUUUGACUGUUUCAAAAAAACUCAUCAGAAGAUGACGAUUGGAAGUCGAAAAGCUGCGAAAGAAACGAGAUCAAGAAACAACAACCAAACAGUUGACGAGAAAUCGCCAUUGCUGCCCACCAUAAAAGGUGAAGAAGCCGGUUUUGAGGAGUUCAAUGGAGCUUCUUUUACCGGUGCAGUGUUUAAUCUAUCAACCACAAUUGUGGGUGCUGGAAUCAUGGCUUUACCCGCCACCAUGAAAAUAUUGGGGCUUAUACCUGGGAUUGCUUUGAUCAUAUUCAUGGCGUACUUGACCGAUGUUUCGAUCGAUCUGUUGAUCCGGUUCAGUAGAGCCGGGAGGUCGGUUUCUUAUGGAGGUGCUAUGGAUGAUGCUUUUGGGAGAGUUGGUAGAAUAUUGCUGCAAGUUUGUGUGUUGGUUAAUAACAUUGGUGUGCUUGUUGUCUACAUGAUUAUCAUCGGUGAUGUGCUUUCUGGAACAACUUCAGAUGGUGUUCAUCAUGCUGGUGUUUUACAAGGGUGGUUUGGUGAGCACUGGUGGAAUGGUCGGUUCUUCGUUCUUCUUGUUACUACACUCGGGAUAUUUGCCCCGUUGGCGAGCCUAAAGCGCAUUGAUUCUUUGAGCUAUACGUCUGCGUUAUCAGUAGCACUUGCAGUCGUGUUCCUUGUGAUAACGGCUGCAAUUACGAUCUACAAAUUGAUAGCUGGAAGCAUUAUGAUGCCUAAAUUGUUUCCUGAUAUUGUGGAUUUGACAUCCGCAUUUAAUCUCUUCACUGUUGUCCCUGUUCUUGUCACGGCUUACAUUUGCCACUACAAUGUUCACUCGAUUGAUAACGAACUUGAAGACAAUACUAAAAUAAAAUCAGUUGUUAGAACAUCGCUUAUUCUAUGUUCCUCUGUUUAUGUUAUGACAAGCCUUUUCGGGUUUUUGUUAUUCGGGGAUGGGACACUUGAUGAUGUGCUUGCAAACUUUGACACGCAUCUUGGAAUCCCGUAUAGCUUGUUGCUAAACGAUGCUGUUCGUGUUAGCUACGCAGCCCAUUUGAUGCUCGUUUUUCCUAUCGUGUUCUUCCCGUUAAGACUGAAUUUGGACGGACUGCUUUUCCCUCAUAAAGGCCCAUUAGUGUCGGAUAAUUUGAGGUUCGCAGCGAUCACGAUUAGCCUCAUCGGUCUCAUCUUUCUGGGUGCAAAUUUCAUUCCAAGCAUCUGGGAUGCUUUUCAGUUUACUGGAGCAACAGCUGCUGUUUGUAUCGGCUUUAUUUUUCCGUCUGCUAUCACUCUCGGGAAUCGGUAUGGAAUCGCUACUAAGUGGGACAAGAUCUUAUGUGUUUUCAUGAUCGUUCUUGCUGUUUUCUCGAACGUGGUGGCUGUUUAUAGUGAUGCAUUGGCUUUGAUCAAGAAAAAUGGACCGAGCACCGAAUGACGGGUCUUGUCGCUCACUCGAGGUCUGAAUUGUAUAGAGCGUGAACGUGUGUUUGAUUGUUGUCAUAUUGUUUGAUUUGUGUUUUGUAUAUGUAUUGAUUCUAAAUAUCAUAUAUAUAAUUAAAUUCAAAAUGGGCAUGUUACA